AUGGCAUCACGGCAGGCCUCGAAGCCGGCACCACAGCGGGAAUCGCGGCCGACGUCACCGCCAGCACAACCGGCGGUACCACGGCCGGCACCACCGCCAAUACCUCCGCCGGUACCACGGCCGGCACCACCGCUGGCACCACUACCUGCUCCGGAACCGGCAACAGCACCCGGAAGAUCGCAGGCGCCGAAGCCCACGGCGACCGUGCCGAAUACCGCAAUGGCCGGAACGCACACAACGGGAAUGCCCGUGGCCAGAAUGCCGGUGGCCGGAAUGCCGGUGGCCGGAAUGCCGGUGGCUGGCAGCUACAUGGAUGCGCUGCGCGCACCCUACGUCCAAAUGCCGACCCCGGGAUUUCCGCCACCAGCCGUGCCCAACAUCCGGGGCUGCCCCAGGGGUCUGGAAUACCUGGUCCAGAUCGACCACCUGCUUGUUCACCAAGCUAUACAGAUCAUGGAAAUUGUGACGCCGUGGGAGAUGCAAAACAGGUACAUCGUCAAGAACACCAUGGGCCAAUUCGUCUUCAUGGCGAUCGAGCAGAGCGGCUGUCUGGAACGCCAAUGCUGCGGCAACAUCCGACCGUUGGAGAUGGCGCUGCUCGACUACCGCAACGACCAAGUGUUGCGGCUGUUCCGGCCACUUCGCUGCGACUGCAGCUGCCUCUGUUGUUGCUGCCUCCAGGUAAUGGACGUGCGCGAUGCUUCCAUGGCCAUGAUGGGUUCCCUCCGGAUGGAGUUCGCGAUCAUAUUCCCGAACUUCUCGGUGCUGGACAGCCAGGGGAACGUUGUCCUGCUGAUCAAGGGCCCCUUCUGUACAACAUCCAUCUGUUGCCAAGACGUGGUCUUUGAUAUCCUAGGCACGGACGGCGUCACCAAGCUGGGCGCGAUAACGAAGAACUGGGUCGGAUUUGUCCGGGAGGUCGGCACCGCCGCCGACAACUUCACGGUCACCUUCCCCUUGGAUUUGGACGUGAAGAUAAAGGCCGUGCUGCUGGGUGCGGUCUUUCUAAUUGACUACAUAUACUUCGAGACUUCAAAUGCCCGUGCCUGCCUGGAUUGCUGCUGCGACUGGUUGAAAGUUAUUCACUGAUCACCGAUUUUGAUAUGCGUCCCCAAAGACGGCCGGGCUUGCCCAGAAAGGCCGCAACCAUGGCGUACUUCGAGGCCUUUGCGCAGUCGACGGCAUUAUUGCGAACAAUGCCCUUACACUACAUUUCCGUCUAUUCCUGUACCUCGCAAAAGGCUGGCAAUUGUGUUCCGAUUUUAUCGUG